AGACUUUCAGGUUAGUUUAGUUUCAGGUUAGGUGAGGGUUUUCUUGUUUAGUUGUCGGUCGCUUGGUAUCACGCUUGAAAUAGGGGGGUUGAUAAAUCGAAUUGAAUAUUUCGAAGCACUAGAUCACUGCCAUUACUAGAGAUGGUUUUCUUCACAUGCAACCAUUGUGGGGAAAGUCUACAGAAACCCAGAGUUGAAAAACAUUAUGCUUUUGUGUGCAGAACACAAAAGUUUUUGACUUGUGUUGACUGUUUGAAAGACUUCAGAGGGGAGGAAUAUGCAAUUCAUAUAAAAUGUAUCACAGAGGAGGAGAGAUAUUCUGCAAAAGGAUCCCUAUUAAAUGGAGUUGUUAAGAAAGGGGAAGUUAAACAAGAAUCAUGGGUUGAAAUGAUAGCGUCGAUUCUUGAUAAGGAACCGAAUAUGAAACCAGCUCAUCACAAUUUAUUGAAUACCAUAUUAGGAUACUCAAAUAUUCCAAGGAAGAAACCAAAAUUCAUGAAUUUCAUCAGGAGUUCUUCAGGGGGGCGUGUGAAUAUGAAGGAGGUUGAAGAAGUGUGGAAUAUAAUAGAAAAAUAUAAAGAUAACCAGGCUAAGGAAAAUGGGCAGAAAAACACAAAUAAAUCAAAUGAUAAUACAUUUCCUGAUCAUGGUGAUGUACAUGAUGCUACAACAAAGAGAAAAGUUGACAAUGAAGGUGACACAGAUAGCCCUAAAAAGAAAAAAAAUAUGGUUUCACCAGAUGAAGAUAGUAUAUUAAGAGAAGAAAAAUUCAGUUUCCAGGAUAAAAUUAUUGGUGUAUUAGAAUGCAAAAAGACAAUUUCUUUAAAAAAAUUGGAGAAAAAAGUUAUCAAGGCAUACUUGAAUUAUUAUGGAAAAACAGAAGUGACACCCAAAAUAUCCAAGAAGUUUAAUAAGAAACUGAAGAAAAUACCUAAUGUAGAAAUUACUGAAGAUCAAGUUGUAUAUAAAGGAAUAGAAGCAUGAGAAAUAAAGAAUUUACAUGUUUAUUUAUCAAUAUUAUUUUCUUCAAACAACCAUAGAAAUGCAUGCCUUUUUUAUUUUCAACACAUUAUGAUUCAUUCAAACUAAGAGAAUUGGAUAAAUCAAUAUAAUAAUAACCUACACCAUAUUUGUUCUCAAAUAAUCAUCAUCAUCAACUUUGACCAAAUGAGUAUUCAAGAACUCUUCAACUGAAUCAGUGUUCCACUUUUCAAUGGCUACAGUCUCUUGUAAAUGUCCAUCCUUAUCAUACAACUUAAUAAUAGGGUCCAAUCCUCUCAAAUAUUUGAUUUGCAAAUUUGGAAAUUGUGCAGGUCUGUGACUCUUGAUGAAAGCUUGUAUUUGUGGAUAAGCUCCAAAUUUGCAAGUACAAACCUCUAGUACAGCUUUGUGGUAGAUCUUUUCUGUUGAUCCUGAUUCAUCCAAGUGGCAGCACUCUUUACAGUGG